GAGUGCAAGUCGUACCAGUGGAAGAAGCGGCUCUUCUUCUUCAACCUGCUGGCUUUCCUGCUGUCCAUCUGCUUCUACAUCCGCCACACCUGGUAUUGUGAGGCUGGAGUGUACACGGUGUUCGCCUUCCUGGAGUACCUGGUGGUCCUGUCCAACAUGGCCUUCCACAUGACCGCCUGGUGGGACUUUGGCAACAAGGAGCUGGUGGUCGGCUCCCAGUCGGAGGAGAAACGCUUCUAGGCGGCACCGGAAGUGGCCGCCCAGCUGGUGGAGGGAGCUCUUCAUGGCGGGGGGGGGGGGGGGGGGGG